AUGCGCGCGGGAUGUCAUGUCGAAGUGCCGCGGGAAAUAGCGACGAAACGAGCGGUGAUCAGUGUGCGUACGGCGGACAAUGCAUGCUUCGCGUGGUCGGUAGUCGCCGUUCUGUAUCCCGCAGAAAGAAAUGUAAGGCGAGAGUCAUCGUAUCCACAUUACAAGGCAGUGUUAAAUUUCACAAACAUCGAAUUUCCAAUGAUAUUGAAAGAUAUUCAAAAAUUCGAACAAUUGAACGACAUAUCGAUCAACGUGUAUAACAUCGAGAAUAAACGGGUCCUUCCUGUACGGCUUACCAGCGACAAGAAGGAGAAACACAUUAACGUGUUGUAUUUGCAAGAUUCACGCAACGACGGUGUAGGCCACUUUGCGUGGAUUAAGAACCUGUCGCGCCUCGUGAGCUCGCAACUCUCGAAAAAGGAGCACAAGAAAUUUUUCUGCGAUCGAUGCUUGCACUACUUUAGUACGAGCAAAAAAUUGGAGCUACACGCAAUGGACUGCAGAAAAAUUAAUGAUUGUGCCAUCAGACUGCCGAGCGAGGACGACAAAUGGCUGGAAUUCGACAACCACCGUAAUAAGGAGCGCAUUCCAAUCGUCGUGUAUGCCGACUUGGAGUGCGUUCUACAGAAGACGGAGUCCGACAAGGAAGAUGCGUCGUACACAUAUCAGCGGCACAAGAGCGAAGAUGUACGCGGUGAGGGUAGAUGGCAAAAAGGACACCAAAAAAGCGAAAGGUGUAAAGAAUAUUCUUCCAGUUCCACCGAGGUGGAAUUUGAUAAUGAAAAUUCUCGUGAAGAGGAAUUACACGAUAAUGACAACAAUGAAGUUGAUAAUUUUGAAGAUGAUGAUGGCAGCCCUAAAUUGCUCAGUCAAUCUUCAUUGAAUGAUCUUGUACGAGAAUUAGAUUUACCAAAGGAUAAGGCAGAAUUAUUGGGCUCUAGAUUAAAAGAGCGUAAUUUGCUUCAACCUGAUGUAACGUUUUGCUGCUUCUUUCCACAAAAUUUGGGUGAUGUAAACGAAGAGCAAGGCGAACGCUUCCAUCAAGACAUAAAAAAUAUGGAACGCAG